AUGAAGAAAGGAGAACUAGUUUUCAUUCCUUUUCCAGAUAUAGGCCACAUCGUCCCAGCGUUGGAGAUGGCCAAGAAUCUUGUUGCUCGAGAUCAGCGUCUCUCCAUCUCAAUCCUCAUCAUGAAAUUCCUAGGAUUCCAGCCCACCAGCCAAUCCUACGUGCAAUCUCUCAUUGCCUCCAUCUCCGUCGAACGCAUCAAGGUUAUCAAACUAUCAGAAGCUCAGAAUGUGGAACUCACCAGUUCUGAUCCCAUACAGUUCAUCGCUUCAUUCUUUGAAAAUAUCAAACCCCACGUUCGAAACGCCGUCAAGAUCUUCACUGAGUCUUUCCCGAGCCAACCCGACUCGCCUACGCUGGCAAGUAUCGUCAUCGACAUGUUCUGCCCCACAUUUGUCGACAUUGUCGACGAGUUUGGGGUUCCCUACUACACGGUUUUCACGUGUGGGGCUGGCUUUCUCAAACUCAUUUCUCAUCUCGGAAACCUAAGUACCAACCAAAACAAAGAUAUUGCCGAAUAUAGUGUUAGAGAAUUGGAAUCCUUAGCUGAGGUGGCAGAGCAGAGCACGAUUGAAUGA